AUAUUUUAUAAUUGUUGUUCUUUUCAUAUCAAUUCAACUCCAAGAGUCUCAGAUUCUUUAAGCUCUCUCAUUCAAAAUCAUAUAUUCUCUUUUUUGUUCUUAGACAUGCUUCGGUGGUUACAGUUGUUUCGAAUCUCCAGUGUUCAACCGUAUCAUAUGCAGAGAAAUCACGUAGCUGGUUUUCGAACAUUACAUACAGCGAAAAUGGAUUUAAGAGAAAACCAAAUAGUGAAAAACCAGCCUCAUCCAGUUAUGCACCAAAACGUCAUCGUAAUGAGGCAUAGUGAACGCCUCGAUAACGUUGAACCUUUGUGGGUAUCCGCAGCCACACGACCGUGGGAUCCGCCACUGACUCAAUCGGGUCGGGUUCUAGCAUUCAAAACGGGUCAAGGUAUCCGAAAGAGCCUCGGAUUCCCGAUUCAUCGACUCUUUGUUUCCCCUUUUCUACGUUGCGUCCAAACUGCCGCAGAGAUUGCUAUCGCUCUCUCUGAUGUUGACGAGGCUGGUGAAAGUGUCAGCCAUGACGAUAUUUCUGCUGAUCCUUCAAAAGUCAAGGUAUCCAUUGAGAAUGGAUUAUGUGAAAUGCUAAACACAAUAGCUAUUCGUGUUAAUGUUGCUCCAAAAGAUGGAAAUUUUAGUUUUGAUAUAUCAGAGCUUGAAACUAUGUUCCCAAAUGGAACUGUCGAUAAUGAUAAUAAUGAAGAAAUGGUACAAAAUGAGCUACCUAAAUGGGAAGAAUCAGUUUCCCAAGCAAAUGUUAGAUAUCAACAAACAAUUACAAGACUUGCAGAUAAAUAUCCUACUGAGAACUUGUUGCUUGUUACACAUGGGGAAGGAACACAAGUGGCUCUUUCUUCAUACACAAAAGAUGUUGUAGAACAUAAAGUGAAAUAUUGUGGUUAUGCUCAACUUACACGUCCUAUCUUCAAAAACGAUCAUUCCUUUAUUGGUGGAAAGUUCAAUUUACAAACCCAAAUUGGUCAAAAUGGAGUAAAUCAUAUUUCCUCACAAGAACUUUGAGUAAAGAUAUCAACCAAACUUCAAAACUCAACAUAAUGGUGUGGUGUAGUGCACACACAAGUUACAUGUUUUCUUUUAAAUUUUGUAUUUUAUUAGUUAGAAUUUUUUUCUUAAAGGAAAAUAUAGUGAAAAAAGAUGUAGGAGUUGAACUUGGGUCAACAUACUUACUUCCAUUGGACUACAAAAUUGUUUUACAUGGACUUGUUAUGAUUGCUAA